AUGUCUGAGCUUGUUGAUUGGUUACGCAAAAGCGUACCGGCGGAAGAUUCAACGGGAGCAACGUCAGGCCUUGUCCACGGUGACUUCCGCAUUGACAAUCUUCUGUUUCAUCCUUCUGAGAAAUCGAUUGAGUUUUCCACAAAGAAAACAUGGGAAUUUCUUAGACCGAGAGAUACUAUUAAACCAUGGGCUAAGGCUGUUUGGUUUAAGAACAGGGUUCCUAAACAUGCUUUCAACUUCUGGGCAGCAAAUCUUGAUAGGCUCCCGGUUAAAACAAGACUGGCUAGUUGGGGUAUCAACAUCUCAACAACUUGUCUACUAUGCUCUGUUUGUGACGAAAACAGGGAGCACCUGUUUCUACAAUGCGGCUACUCAUCUCAGGUUUGGGGUCUGGUGCUUCAACGCUUUGGUACUCCGAAUCUCACUUUCAGUUCUUGGAACAAUGUAAUGCUUUGGCUCCUUAACGGCAGCGGUAGUAGAGAAGCAAAACUCCUUCAAAAGUUAGCUUGUCAGGCAACUAUUAAUUGUAUUUGGAGGGAAAGAAAUUGCAGGCUGCAUAGUGACAUAUCCAUCCCUCCAACUACUUUGUUUUACCAGAUUGAUAGGAUCAUUCGAGACACACUGUUAGCAAGAAGAUUAAGGAAAGGAUGUACUCUUCUCCUCUCGGCCUGGUUCACUCAUAGCUAA